GCGAGGCGCAGGGCCACGCCCCCUCUCGCGUCUCUUGUGACGCAGGCGCCCUGGGCUUUUAGCGCGGGAAAAGGCCGCGGUUCGGAGCCGCGCCGGGGCUGCGGGGAUCCGCUGUCGUCUCGGAGGUUGCCGCCGCGCUGCACCUUUGCGACCAUGGGCCUGCUGGAGCUGUGCGAGGAGGUGUUCGGCACCGCCGACCUUUACCAAGUGCUGGGCGUGCGGCGCGAGGCCUCGGACAGCGAGGUCCGGCGCGGCUACCACAAAGUGUCCCUGCAGGUGCACCCGGACCGGGUGGGCGAGGGCGACAAGGAGGACGCCACCCGCCGCUUCCAGAUCCUGGGGAAAGUCUACUCGGUUCUGAGUGACAGCGAGCAGAGAGCACUGUAUGACGAGCAGGGGACCGUGAGUGAAGACGCGGACGUGCUCACCCAGGACCGGGACUGGGAGACCUACUGGAGGUUACUUUUCAAGAAGAUAUCCCUAGAGGACAUCCAGGCGUUUGAAAAGACGUACAAAGGAUCCGAAGAGGAGCUAGCUGAUAUCAAACAGGCGUAUCUGGACUUCAAGGGGGACAUGGACCAGAUCCUGGAGUCCGUGCUGUGUGUGCAGUACACAGACGAGCCCAGGAUCCGGAGCAUUAUUCAGCAAGCCAUCGAUGCCAAAGAGGUGCCUGCCUACAAGGCCUUCGUCAGAGAAUCAAAGCAGAAGAUGAACGCGAGGAAAAGAAGGGCUCAGGAAGAGGCUGAAGAAGCGGAGAAGACCCGGAAGGAGUUGGGACUGGAAGAAGGAGUGGACAGCCUGAGAGCAGUGAUCCAGAGUAGACAGAAGGAUCGACAAAAGGAAAUGGACAGUUUUCUGGCUCAGAUGGAAGCAAAGUACUGCAAACCUUCCAAUCGAGGAGGGAAAAAAACAGCUCUCAAGAAAGGAAAGAAAUGAAUUUUCUACUCAGAAGUCCUCAAAUGUUAGUUGGCGACUUUGUAGGCAAGAUGCAGUCAUGAUCUGAAGGCAAGCCAACCCACACUGAGCAAAGGCGCUUUUCCGCCUGUAUUACUUAGAUUGGCUUUGAAAACCAAGAAGGAGCUCUGAACCUGACUUGAGUAAUCCUAAGAACCCGAGUCUGAGGCCAUACUGGGAAUUUGGUGAUAGUUAAGGGGGAAUACUUCCCGAUAGCACUGCAUAUAUGAAUCUUCUGUACCUGGAAAUUUGCAGGGAUGUGGGCCUGUCCAUACUGCCGGAAAAGUUAACAUUCAGGAGCAAGAUGCAGAUAAUUCUGAGUAAUGUGCAUACUUAUUCAAGCAAGUUUUUACCUAGUUAGAAUACCUUCAAAACAUUUGCUAGACUUGUCUUCUACUAACACUUGGUCGUUCUCCUACAGUUUGAUGAUAAUAAAUAGUCACUAUCUCCUUUCUCUUUUACUCAGCCAGGUUUUGUACUCUUUACUUGAUGUAUAGGAGGUAUCCAGAGUACUUCCAAGUAUUUUUGUAAGAUUUAUACAUGAAUAAGUAACAGAAAUGACUGUCAGGAUCUGGGAGCUUUUAAAACAAUUUUAUAAUAAUCAUUUAAAAUGACCUGGAGAGACCGGAGGGAUGGAAACAACAGCCACUGGGGCACUUUGCCUUGCAUGUGGUCGAUCCAGGUUCAGUUCCCAGCACUGUGUAUGGUCCCCUGAGCACUGCCAGGAGUAAUUCCUGAGUGCAGAGCCAGGACUAAGCCCUUGAGCAUAGCUGGGUAUGGCACCAAAACAAAAAAAUUUAAAUGACCUAUAAAAAAAAAAAUGCCGAUUUUCUUUUUUUUUAUCUAUUUCAACUGGUCCACAAAUUGGGGCUAAUAUGCAGAUGCAAAAAAAGCAUAAAGAAGAAAUCUUAUCUUAGUUGAUGACCUGAGUUAAGUAGCAUAGAGUUGGGUGUUUGGCCUGGCUGUAACUCCUGAAUAAGCUUAAUUCACUGAACUUCUCUGAACUUGUCCCUCAUUUAUAAAGGCUGAGGGGUCUGGGAAAAUACCAUUUGAGAAGCCCUUUCCAAUCCAGCUCUAAGUUUUAAAAGGAAAUUGUUGUGAUCCAAUAAUUUGUUAUCAUGUAUAUUCACAGUAUUGAUUUGUGAAAAUAGUACUAAUUUAUAUUUUUUAGGUUGAUUGGAAUUUUGUUAGAAUAUAUGGAAGAUUUUAGGGACUGUUCAACUUAAAAUAUUUGUAAACUAGUCAAUAUCAUGCAUAAAACAAGUUGAUCACUGAACUUUAUGUAUCAUAAUUUAUCAAAGCACUUGACAUAUUUCAGAUAGAUUACAAACAAGUUAAAAAUGCGCUUUAAUUAUAUUAAAAAUAUAAUUUAAUACAAGUUGCCUGAAGCAUGCUUUCAUAUGAUAACAUUAGAACACUGAUAUAGUCUUAAGCAUUGCCCCAGUUUAUGAUUAUUUGAAUUUAUUCACUAUGAAGAUUAUCAAUAAAAGGUCUAAAACAAUUAUGCAUCAAAAUUCAGUGAGAUUUAAGUAAAAUGAAUUUAAUUCAUAGUUAAAACCAUUGCUGUAUUUAUGAGUGCUGCUCAGGAAAAGGGCCGUGGUAAAAUAAUAUUGUAGUUUUCUAAUGCUGCAUGCAGAAUGUUUUUUACUGAAUUAACUGCCAGAAUUUCUGCAGUUUUAAGGGAUUGCACCUUAGUGGAGUACUAACAGAUUCCAAAUUAUUUUUUAAUUGAUGUAGAGCUGCAGAAGAUUUGGCAAGGUGAGUUUAAUACUUUGGAAAAAAUGGCCAAUAAAGUACUUUAAGAAGAAAAUGAGCAUAGCCUGAUAAUGAAGCUGGUAUUAUGAGGUUGAGCUGGCUUCUCUGGGGGGAAAAAAAAAGAUUGGUUAUAUGUUACUUUAUAAACCGUGCUCAGCAAACAGUGCUCAACAUUUCUGUCUUAGUUAUACUCACUGCCUUUGGACUCAAAAGCUUUGGGGGCAAUAAUAUUGGAUGAGUUGUUCAAAUUUUAAUCAGCACUCUACAAAAUAACUUCAGUGGCUACAACUCACCAGAAAUUGAAUACAAGCAAUUUUCCAAAGCCAGUGAUAAUGUUAUCAAACAAUCAUUUGUUGCUUUUGUGUAUAUACAGACUCAUAGAAUCUUGUAGUAAUUGAACUGAUCAUUGUUAACAGACAACAUGAGCAGUGAUUUGGGGUUCUUUGUUUGUUACAUCUCUGGGUACAAAUUUAACUGUCUGGUCUAAUAGGCUGGUUAAUGAAUGCUGAAAGACAAUAAUUACAGGAGAUAAAAUAGUACCCAUGUAAUUUUUGGCAGGUAUUUUUUCCCCUCAGUCAGUUGUACCAAGAUACUCGGAAUGAAGUUGGAGCGAGUCAUUUCUUGCAUGCAAGCUGUGGAUCACAAGGUGGCGACUUGGUU